GAUAAGGAUGGUCGGACACCGCUAUCGCAUGCCGCUAGAGAAGGGAACGAUGCUGUCGUACGGUUGUUGCUCGAGAAGGGCGCCGAUGUUGAGUCGAGAGACAAAGACGGCCGGACACCGCUCUCGCAUGCCGCCCUGAACGGACACGAAGGUAUCGCCAAGCUGCUACUCGAUAAAGGUUCUACUAUGGAAUCGAAGGACAAGGAUAGCCGGACGCCGCUGUGGCAUGCUGCUAAGGAAGGACACGAGGUUGUUGUGCGGCUGCUGUUUGACCUAGGCGCCAAUAUCAAGUCGGAGGAUCUAUGGGACCUGACACCGAUGUCUACUGCCGCCAAGGAAGGGCACGAAGUUACUGUGCGACUACUUCUCGAGAAGGGCGCCAACGUCAAGUCUAAGGAUGAG